ACCGCCCGCGUUUCUUGCAAGCGUAACGUCUCCGUGUUCGUCAGCCGGCCAGUACAAUCAGCUGCCAAGCACAGCAUACAACAUCAGACGGGAAGUGGUCUCACUCGGCGCUAUCUCGACAGGCAUCAGGCUGCCCUUUGAGUAAACUCGAGUCAUCCUAUGGCACAGCAAGCAAGAACCGUCAGUGGCAGCGCGGCGGUGCCGGUCAUUCCUCUAAUUUACCGGCUCUUCUUCCUGUACAUCGAGCCAGUCUUCACGGCUAUAGGCGCGAUCUAUGCCUUGGACGUUUUCGGGCUUCAGCACGAAUACAUGCAGCUGACGUACCCAACAUCUGCUGGACUACUGGGCGCGAGCAAGCGCGAAAGCAUCAUAUUGAAUCAGCUGGGCAACAUGUACUUCAUCUUUGCGUUUAAUGAAGCCUUGGUCCUGCGAGCAACGAAUGAUCUGCGUGUCUGGCGCAUCUUUCUGUUGGGUCUGCUGAUCGCAGAUCUCGGACAUCUGUACAGCGUGCAUUCCGUAGGUGUGGGCAUCUACUGGAGCGCGUGGGCAUGGAAUAGCAUGUAUUGGGGAAACCUAGGUUUUGUCUACCUCGGCGCAACCAUGCGGACAUGCUUCCUUCUCGGGCUCGGCUUGCAACCAAGCUCGCCAAGGAAGGUUAAGACAUAGCCAGGAACAGCCACCAUGACUUAACGGUAGCUUCUGGGAAG